CGCCUCAGUAGAGUUUGUUUUCGUGUGCCGUCGUUGCCGACUCAGAUUCACUAGGGAAAAAUGAGAUUUUUCUACUAAAAGCUUAAAACAAAUUUCAGAAAAGAUUUCCAUCAAAGUGUUAUUUAUUGGAGAGUUAAAGAUUGAACUACUGAAGCAUUAAAAAAUGGACAACUUCCUUCGUAGCUCCAGUUUUAGCCAGGAGACGGCUUUACUUUUCACUAACGAGAAAAUAGCGUCCGCUCGUGGGAAGAUCGUAGAUUUGCUGAAUGAUUCACUAACCGCUAACGCUGCCGGAAAGUCCGAAAUCAUAGCAAAGGUUCAAGAACUGAUUAUACACUCGGACGCUGAGCUGUUGUUGGAAUUUUUGGAUAAUAUUUUAGCAUUUGCUCACGAUCCCAACCAGGAUGUCCGCAAAUCCGUAGCCGGUUUUAUCGAAGAGGUGUGCAAAAGCAACAUUAACUUUUUACCGAAUGUAGUUAACACGUUAUUUGCACUGCUGCGAGAUUCUGCUCCUAGUGUUUCAAAGCGAGUUAUUCAAGGAUGCGGGACCAUCUACAAGCAAGCAUUGAUAUGGAUUUGUUCCCUGACGGAUAUUACCGAAGAAGUAGAGCAGGCUUGGAACACGCUCUGUCUGAUAAAGGCUUCGAUUCUCGAUAUGAUCGAUAAUGAUAAUGAUGGUAUUAGAACAAAUGCAAUAAAAUUUCUGGAAGGAGUAGUCAUUCUUCAAACGUACCCGGAUGAGGACACUAUGAAACGGGAGAAUGAUUUUUCUUUGGAAAACAUACCUUUAACGUUGAAGAUUGCCCGAAGACGUAAGUUAGAAGACGAAGCUGUUAAUAUUUUUGAGUUGCUUCUACAGUUUCAUGCCGCAUCCCACAUUUCUUCAAUGAACUUGCAAGCUUGCACCGGUACACUUUGCCUGAUUGCGCGAAUGCGUCCCUCAAUGAUGAAUCAAGUCGUGGAAGCGCUUAAAAAUCUUCACUCAAAUUUACCACCAACGCUUUCUAACUUUCAAGUUAGUUCCGUUCGUAAGAAUCUAAAAUUACGUUUCCUCGAUCUACUGAAACAUCCGGCCUGCUUCGAGCACCAGACAAGCAUUGCUCAGAUUCUUCAGGAUCUUGGUGCUUCUAACAGCGAAAUCGGCCGUGCGAUUCCGAAACUGGAUAGACGUGAACAACAGCGGCGUGCAAAACGUGCGUUAGAAAAUUCGUCUUCGGAAUUUGCUGCGAAAAAAGCUAAACUUGGUGAGCAUAUGCGGCGGGAGAAGGAACGAGCCGCGCCACGCCAGAUGGAAAUUGACUAUGACGAACUCAACGAGCAAAAGACCAAAUCCAACCGUCUGAAUGAACAAUUUUUGACUGAUAAUUUGGAAAAACUUGACGCGGUCGUACAACUUGUUAUAAGCACUAUGUCUAAACUGCCACCGGAAGCACCGCAGACUUUUCUCCAAACCUAUACGCCAUCACCGGGCGCCACGGUAGCUCAACAAAUACAACAGAUUGUACCUAAUUUGGCUCAACAGAUGACAGAUGUACGAACUGGUCCAGGUUCAUCAGCCCUUUCCAAGGAACUUCCAAUGCGGCCGAAGAUAAGUGACGACGAGGAGAGGAGCAUUAUUCAUGGUAAGGCAAACCGACGCCGUGACCCGGAUGGCGAAGACGAUGACGACAACGAAGAGAGCCGAAAACUACGCGAGUCGUUGGAGCGCGUCAAAGGCGCUGCGGGUGAACCGAAGAUGAAGGCCAAAGUUAAAGUACUUCGCCUUCAGGAUAUCACAAAACCUCAACUUCGUGAUAUGCGGUUCUCGUUCCUGGAUGAAGCUGUGAAAAGAAUACUGAAAGCGGAAAAGUCCGCCCUCAUCGGUGGGGUCGCGGCAAAACGAAGACGAAUUAUAACAGUGUUCGGAUCGAGUUUUAUGCCCUCGGUUCGGGAUGCCAUUUUGGAGUUCAUUCUUGAAGAUGUUAGCAAACGCUUGGAUUUAGUUUUUUCGUGGAUGUUUGAAGAGUACAGCUUGCUGCAGGGUUUCACCCGCCAUACGUACAUAAAAUCUGAGAUGAAGGCUGACUUUGCGUAUACGCAACUGUUGCUAAAAAUUCUGACCAAUAUCAUGGAACGGCAGGACUUACGGGAAAAAGAAUCGUUGCUGAAAAGAUUGUACUUGGAAGCACCGCUACUUCCGGACGAAGUAAUAAGUCUAUUGGGUCAGAUGUGUCAACUGGAAGAACUGGCCGAUUGUGGUAUGCAAAUUACGAAAGACUUGCUCGUUAGACGUCCUCCUAAGGAGAAAGUGUUCCUGGAAAUUCUCUUCAAAUAUUCGGCUAGCGAAAAUGGCAUUAUUCGUGAGAAGGCUGUCCACUAUUUGUUGCAUAUCUAUUCGUUGCAUCGUAUACUGACAGAAGAAAUGGAAAAACAAGCAUUAUUGUGGUUGGGCUAUCUUGAGCAUGAAACCCCACCGGAAGUGAUAUUUUCCAUAGAAUUAGGACGUUAUGAACAUCCAAGGAUUUGGAAUGAUGACUUAGCCAAAACAUGUCUCGGGUUGUUUUUGGAAAUAUUAGUUUAUAAUCAGGAGAUGAUUCACAGGCUGUCGGAAGUCUACAUAAAGGCUACUUCCGAUAUGAAGAGGGCAAUGCUAAGAGCUAUCGAAGCCCCCGUUAGGAAGAUAGGGGCUGAGAGCGAAGAGCUGCUUAAACUAAUAGAGCAGUGUCCGAAAGGUUCAGAAACUAUCAUCACCAGAAUCAUCUAUAUUUUGACGGAGAAAACAAUUCCGACACCGGAACUGGUGGAGCGUGUUCGUAAUCUACACCAAACGAGAGUAUCGGACGUUCGCCUCUUGAUUCCGGUUAUUAAUGGACUCACCAAGAAGGAAGUUCUCAGCGCACUACCGAAGCUGAUCAAGUUGAACCCGAUGGUCGUGAAAGAAGUCUUCAAUCGACUAUUGGGCGUUGGAGCCGAGUACAGCAGUUCGAAUCUACCGAUCACACCAGCAGAGCUAUUGAUCGCUCUACAUACUAUCGACACCAGCAAGGUCGAGCUGAAAUGGGUCGUGAAAGCAACCUCUCUUUGCCUGGCUGAAAAGGAAACCUACACCCAUGAUGUGCUGGGAAGCGUAGUUCAGCAACUGGUAGAGUUGUCCCCGCUACCGACGCUCCUGAUGCGAACCGUUAUCCAGUCUUUGACCUUACACCCACGACUUGCUGGUUUUAUAACGAAUCUUCUUCAGCGACUUAUCCUGAAACAAGUCUGGAAGCAGAAAGUCGUUUGGGAUGGGUUCCUAAAAUGUGCCCAGCGAUUGGCACCUCAGAGCAUGGGUAUACUUAUUCAACUUCCCUCUGCCCAGCUGCAGGAUGCUUUGAACAUAUGUCCCGAGUUCAGGGAGCCCAUGCUGGAGCAUGCCCGGGAAAUCAUGGAACACCAGAUUGGACACGUUUCGCAGGAUCGGAUGGAUGUGCUGUUGGGAAUAUCCCCGCAUAAUCCGAAUGAAGGCAACGACUUGCAGAUUGUUGGGAACUACACCGAGGAUCCUCCAAUGGUUUCCCAUCUACCGGUGCUCGUUAAACAAGAGAAGGACGUUGAACGCCCUGAACCUGCCCCGCCAGGUAUGGAAUAGGCGGCAAACGGUUACUGUUCUUCAGCGGAUUGAGUUAUGUAGUUCAAUAAUCACUAGAAUGAAUAAAAAGAUCACAUAAUUGGCAAUUUGAACUAAUCCAUCAAGAAGUGAAAACAAUGAUUCUCGCGCCACCUACACCUCGGUUUUCAUACAUUAGGGUGUAUGGAGAACAGCAAAGAUGAUAAAGUACAAGAUAUCCCACUGUCAGAUUACACGAACACACCUUCGUCAACAUCAUUUUAGUGAUUCCAACACCAUCUUUCGAGUUCUCAUUGAACCAGCAGAACGCACUUGUACUAAUUUCUUUCAGCGUGCAAUUGCGCGAGCAUAUCAGAUGCUUUCGGAAAUGUGGUUCUUUUCGCACCGGAAUGAGAGUGAGCAGAAUGGCAAAUGGAAUGAAAUGAUCAAUAGGAAAACCAAUGAAAUUCUUUUGUAAUUGAUCGGCUCUAAAUUCAGAAAGCACCUAUGAGGAAGGAUUAUAAUUUUCGUUUGGAGAACUGUUUGUAUCGUUAAUGAAAUAUGCGAGCAUAUCGUUUGUAGCGAACAUUAUCAAAGGAAAUUAAAUCCAAAAAGGCCAACCGGUUACUUCUUCCUGUAAUAUUUAUAAUAGGGUCGCAGAUUUUGGAGGAAGCAAAUAAUAAUGGUUUCAAGGUAAUAGGAAUGAUUUCGGCGUGUAGAUCUUUUAGGAACUGACCGAACACUUCAUUAUUUUAAAUAAAAUAAUGCGAGUCCCGGCAGACUGACUCAGCUAGGGACUAGGCUAUAGAUCUCUCCAAUCUGUAUUGGUAGCAGCAGAAUGAAAACGAGAAUCGAAAAAUAUUUUUCAAGCAGACUCUUUCAGUAUACUUUUUCCAGUUACUACCCGUCAUUCUUUACCGCUUAUGGCAUUUUCGUUUUUGACAGUGCACUACACCGGUAUAGUCGGUGCUACACUCAUUCAAACUUGGGUGUAAUCAGUUUAUCUGGUUCUUGGCACUACACUGGUGUAGCACCAAGAAAAAACAAAAACGCUAUUAGCUAAUGCACUUCAGAAGGAUGUGCUCCUUUUUCUUUGAUGAUGUCGUUUCAUCUAUCAUUCUCUGC